CCAAGACUUCGUCUCUGCAAUUUUGUAGAUCCAAAAAACCCUAAGUCCCGUCAUGAAUUGUUAGGAUUUCAAAUCCCAGAGAUCGAAAACCCAUCACUGAUAUAACGACGACAAGAUGAUAAGAAGGAGAAUCUCUUCGAUUCUCUCGACUUCUCUGCUCAAUUCUUCGAUCCAUUCCGCCAAGCCCGUUUUCGCACCUCCCGCUCCUCUUCAAUGCCUUCGCUCCUUAAACCCUGCUCAAAAUCCUUACUGGACGAGCAACUCUCCGUCAUUUCAGGGGAUUAGGGCUUAUAGUUUGCUGAGCUUGAACGAUCUGAGAGACAAUGUGCCGAGGAAGCUCAGGACGAGGAAAGGGAGAGGUAUCGGGUCAGGCAAAGGGAAGACCGCGGGAAGAGGACACAAGGGUCAGAAGGCGAGAGGUACGAUGAAGUUCGGUUUCGAAGGUGGUCAGACUCCUUUGCGAAGAAGAAUGCCCAAACGUGGCUUUAAGAACGCCUUCAAGCUCCAUUUCCAGCCAGUUGGUCUAGGAAAGAUUGCGAAACUCAUAAAUGCCGGGAAGAUAGACUCUCACGAAUUGAUCACCAUGAAAACGCUCAAGGAUGCUGGAGCCAUAGGCAAACAAAUAGAAGACGGGGUAAGACUGAUGGGUCGAGGCUCUGAUGAGAUCAAAUGGCCGAUUCAUCUGGAGGUUUCGAGGGUGACGGUUAGGGCAAAAGAAGCAGUGGAGGCAGCCGGAGGAUCGGUGAGAAGAGUGUAUUACAACAAGUUGGGAUUAAGGGCAUUGCUGAAACCGGAGUGGUUCGAGAAGAAGGGGAGGUUGUUGCCAAAAGCGGCCAGACCGCCUCCUAAACAACAAGAUAAGGUCGAUAGCAUCGGCCGUUUACCUGCCCCGAGAAAACCCAUCCCCUUUUUCGCCGAGCAGAAGAACGCCGAGUCUCCUUCGGCUGCUUGAUUGUUCCAAGAGUUCCAAACGUUUCGGAGGUCUGUUUUAUGAGUUCCCGAGUUCUUCUUGGACAUGUUUUCUUGAACAGCAACAAUAACAACGUAUUUCUAGUUGAUUCAAUCGGUUGACAGUGACGAUA